AGGGUGGGGAUUUCAGCUUGCCUAUUUCUCCUUACUAUAAAAUUAUCAACAAAGGAAUUUGGUGAUAAAUUACAGAAAUGUUAGGUGGCUGUACAAUCAAAGGCAUAGGAUUUUUUUUUUAAAGAAGUCUAAUUUGGCAAAAGCAGGAAAUGCAAAAGCCUCCUUUUUACUGAUAGCUAAGUAUUGUCCCAAAAUACAGCAACUGUACAACCAACUACCCACUUAAAGAAUUUAAGAGUAGCUCUGAUUCAGUGAUGCAAUUGGAUGGAGUGUCAUCCCAUACACCAAAAAGUGUUGCUGGUUCCAUUAGGGCACAUAUAUAGGUUGAGAGGUCAAUCCCCAGUUGGGGUGUAUAGGAAGUAGCUGAUCAGUGCUUCUCACUUCGAUGUGUCUCACUCUCUAAAAAUCAGUAAUAAGAGUAAUAAGACUAAUUUGAUAAUAGACGAAACAGUCCGUUGGCUAGUGUAAAGUACAAAGUCACCACUGAACAUUAAUGCUGUCCUAUCUGUUCAUAUGAGAUAAAAAUGCCCUAUUCCCAAGAAGUAAAAAAACUUAAUUUCUUUGUUUAGAAUUCAGAUGAAAACAAAUGCAAUUAUAUCUUAGAACUGCUCUCUAGUAUACUUUAUAUCUGCCAUGGAACAUGAUUUUUCUUUGAAAGCCCAAAAUGUCUUUAUCCCCAUCCUUUAAUUUUGUUGACAGGAGAUAUUACAAUGGGAAUAGGAAAAAAAAGAUGCCAACAAAAUUUAAAGUACAGAAGAAUCGUUCUAGUUACAAGAAGAGUCAAGCUAAGCUGCUAGCUAGUACAGGUAAUGGCUGUCUUUAACUGACAAUUUGUGAUUGAAAUUGCUAAAGGUAUAAGAAACGACAAUGUUUUUCUGUAAAUCUUAUAGUACAUAGUAGAUAGGAGAGAGGGAAUGCUUUGCUGUUUCCAGCUUUUUUUUUUUUUAAUACAGGUUUACAAUAGCUUUUCAUGGAGAAUUUUUUUGUGUGUGGAAUACAGGAAGGGGACCUACAGGGUCUGUCACACACACAAAAAUGCCCCUUUUAUUACAAAAUCAUAAUUCUCUAACAAUAUCACACUCAACCAUACUAUAUGACAUUUUAGGUGAAAUGUUCAAAUUAAAACUAUAAAUUAUUACACCCAUAUUAUUACCCUACCAACCACACUUAAGCAGGCCUUAUUUCUGCCAGACCCUAUAUUUGACAUCUAUCCUUAGAUAUGUUGGCAGUUUUCCUUAAACUAUCCAGUUUCUUGUGGGUUUUUAAAAUUUUUUUAUCAUUUUUUAUAUACUGCAAGAUCCCAAGCAACUCAAAUUACAAAUACAACUGAGGAUACACUAUUUGCUUUACAGUAGUUACCUGGAAGUUUAGGACUCUUUUUUUAUUUCCCUUUCCCACCUAUCAGUCAUGCAUAACUAGGAACUUUUAUGGUUAUAGUUUAAAAGUUCCUAAGACUGUGGCUGAUAGUUUGUAGCCUCUAGUCUGUAGUAAGAGAAGAAUGAGUGGCCAGGAACUGGUCAUUUGGAAUGUGGGGGGGAAGAAAAUCACAAUGUUUUCUACCAUAAAGCAGUUUCCUGCAUCUAGGAACAUUAGAUGGUGAGACCAAGAAUUCAAGAAGAUUGGUGGCCAGAUGGUAGACAGAGAUGGUGAUUUAUUUAGUUUCAUCUUAGUUUUUUUAUUGAGAACUAAAUGGCAUAUGUUACCCACUGAUUUUUCAGACUAUAUUAGGCUCAGAGAAGUGUUUUUCUGUGAACUUGAUCCUCUGGUUAAUCUCUUAAACCAAGAACAUCUGCUUCAGCCAAGACCUGCUCUUGUGGAGGUGCAUAUCCUAAGUGGAAACAAUCAAGCUUUUUUCAGGGUGGUUGGCUCUUACAGCAAAAACAAUCGAGAUGCUAACUGGAGGAUUACAAUGUUUACAGAACAUCCUUCAGCACCUACCUUGUGUAGUAAUCCUUGCCCUCCUCAGAUAACCUUAUUUCCACUGCCUUCACAAAGACCUUUCUAUAAUCUGGUUUUGCAGUGAGGCUCAUACAGCAUUACUGAUAACUAAAUUCAAGUCAGGUAUGUUUCUAUAAAACCUGACAACCGAAAAUUGGCCAAUGGAACAGAUGUCCUCAGCUUACUAAUUGACACUUUAUUAAUGGAAGGCUUUCAUCUGGUCACCCCUAGAACAGUAUCCUCUGAAGAAAAAACCAAAUGCUAUGGCUUUGAAAGGAUGAAAAGGCCUGAAUAUCUGGCCAUGAACAAAAGAGUGAAACUAGAGGCUGUCAUGCCAGAACAAUCUCAGAAAAAGAAAUGAGGUUUUUUUUUUUGCUCUCUUUUAGAAUAAAGGGAAAUUACCAUUUUCUUGUAUGGAGAUUCCAUGAUGAAGGCACACAUGUUAGUCAAAUAUGUACUCAGCCUAAAUUUUUGGCCUUGUCUUCUACCAUGCUAUUUGUAGGUAACCACACCUCAAUAUUGCCUAACCCACUGUAACUGCUUGCUGCUUUCUGAACAAGACUGUGCACUUGGUGCUUUGGCACAUAUUCCUUCUACCUUCAGUGCUGCUUUACACUUCUCUUUUUCAUGAACACUACACAGCUUUCGAAAAUAGGCUCUGGGAUCAUGCUGAUUGAUUUCUAAUCCCAAAUUAAUCACUUACUAGCUCUAUGACUUGGGCAAGCCGUUGAACCUAUUUGUGCCUCAAAUUCUUCAUCUAUCAAAUGGGGAUAAAUAUAUGUCUUAUAGGAUGUAUGAGGGUCAAAGGAGAUAAUAUACUCAACACAUUUUCUGGCAUAUGAUUGGUACUCAGUAACAAUUAGUGAUGUUGACAAAGAAGAUAGAGCCCUUUAUUUUGUAUAGACUUAUAUACUAUUAUAAAAUAAAUUUUUCUUGAAUAUGAGCUCAAUCUACUCAAUGGUGUUAACAUUACUAUAUGUUAAGCACUGUGCUAAAUAUAUAGUGAGAGGAAUAAUAUCUUUGUUAUUAAUUAGUACUUACAAUUGGUGAAAAGCUUUUGAAUAACUAACAUUUAAACUAUACAUAUACUUUGACUUAGUGUUUCCUCUUGUAGGAAUUCUUAUAUAUGUGUCAUUUUAAACAAGAUAGAGGAAGGUGCUCAUUAAGUCAAAGAGCACCAAAUACUUUGUACUUAGAAGGGUUAAAAAAAAGCAAACCAUUGAGUUGAAGCAUUUGAACACCAUUUUGAAAAGUACAAUUAAUUCAUUAAAAAACAUCUCUUAAACAUUUGUUGAGCAGUAUACUAAGUUUUCAGGAUUAAAAAAAAUGAGUGAAAAAGCAAUCCUUAUUCUCAAGGAGCUCACAUUCAGCUGAGAACAUAAAUCAUAACAGCAAGAAAUUAGAAAUAAACUCAAUGUUCAUCAGUACUCAAAGUACAUAAUUCAAAGACCAUUAGUAUUCAAAAUAUAUUAACUUAAAGUACAUUAGAACUCAAAGUACAUAAAAGUGCUGAAUACUUUAAGAUUAGUAAUGCUAAGGUUAGCAAUUGAAAAUAAUGAUCUGAAUAAGAAAAUAAGUUUUAUGGGUGUUUUGUUUUUGGUGGCACUUUUCUUUUCUGCAGAAAAGCCAACUUAGUUAUUUUAAUGUGUCAUCUCAGUUUUGGGGGUGAUGUGUUUGGUAUGGGCAUUGCCUUGCUAGCAUCAUAUUAUAAGGUACACUAUUUCUAUUCUGCUAAAUUUUUGGCAUGUAUGUAAUUUGACUAGUAGGGUAUAGUUGGCAUGGUUUUGUAUGUAACACUGUUUAAUUCCCUGUAACGCUUUGCUGAUAAGAUUAUUAAAAACUGGUAACUGGUUAAAGAUAUCGAAAAAAAAUAUUGUAACAGGGAUUGUUUAAACUGCUGGGCUGGGAUGGGAGAAAUAGACAAAAAACUGUACUUGAAAAAUAACUAAAUAAAAUUUUAAAAA